CCGGGAGCUUAUCCGUAGCAACCAAAUACAUCAUCACACACACGUCUCAUUCUGAAGAUGUCUCGACGGGACAGCGGCCGCAGGCGGCAAGUUUCGAAAAUCAUAUCCCGCUCGUCAAGUCAAAAUGUUCACAUUACCAGCAGCACGAACGUGAAGCGCAUUGGAGGCUCACGCGCCUCGUUUGCCAGCUCUCGCGCCAGCAUGUUUUCAUCUAGUAGACAGUUACUGACGAGUGGCAGUCGCAAGAGCUUCGAAAAAGCAGAUAGAGUGCAACAAAACAAGCCACCAGUUCAGAUAAUUGUUAAUGGAGUUGAUAUGACACCAAGAGACAUCCUGCAAGUUGACCAUGUAUCUCUAAAACGGAAUCAGAGCAAUGUGAUGGCUGAUCUGGGAGCAAGCAUGGCAUCAGAAUCAUUGUUUCAGCAGUCUCUUUAUGGUGGUCCUGUUGGAACAAGUUUUUCUCAGCCAUUUAGCAGAUCUGUAUUAGGAAGCAGUCGCUCAUCUCCUGAAUCAUCAUCAACUGACGCGUUAUCAGCUCCAUCAUCUUUCACUGACAUUCCUGCAGUAGCAAGUUCACUGGAGAGAGCACAAGAGGAUAUUUCACAGCCAUUUACAUCAUUAACAGCUGCAGACAUAGAAUCGGUGGUUGACAUCAAACUAACUGAGAGUGACACUAUUUGGUUAUUUGACAUGCCAGGCACUUGUGUAGCAUUGGAUGGAGAUGAUGCACAACAAGUUGCAGCAAGAAAUGAACAGUACACGGAGCUAUGCAAGAAUCGAGCAGGGAACGACUGGUAUGCACCACGUGCAAUGCAGACAUUCAACGAUUCAGCCAAAGUAAAACAUGUACAGACUGUUCCAGUGAUGCACAAUGAUGUUGGAGUUAUGGCCACUAAUUGGGACAUGUAUGACACAUAUGAAGCAACAACUGUAGUUGAAAACACAGCUGAUCCAGACAUUGAUGAAGAUGUUGUACCUGAACGACGUCCGGGUUCCGUUGCAUCUAAAACAAGUCGUAGCCAACGAUCUCGCUCAGUUUCUAUGCAACCAUCUAGCCUUAUGAGCUCUGAUAGCAGGGCUAGUUGUAUUGCUAGUGGCCAUUCUUCAGAAUCAUCUAGUGUUAGAGCAGGCAUUGCAAUGAUGCGAGCUCCUGAUUCAGGCAGUCCUGAAAUUUCAGAAGAAAUAGUUGUUGAUCCCAUACUCAAGUCCGAUAAACUGAAAGAUACUUUGAAAGUUAUGGAACGAGUGGUGACACUGAACAUUUAUCAAAACAAGCAGGCAACUUAUCGAGGAUUGGAUCCUGUGGAAGUCGAUACACAACAGGCGAUUCCACCAACAAACAAACCAGUUUUGGAGCGACUGUGGACUUACGUGUGUCCUCUUACAAAUGACAAAACUGUCUGUUCAAUGGCAUGGAAUAAAUCCAACAAUGAUCUUUUAGUAGUCGGAUAUGGUCAGUUUGAAUACACAGAACAAAAACCAGGUCUCGUCUGUUGUUGGUCGUUGAAGAAUCCUGAAUUUCCAGAGAGAGUCUUUCAUACUGACAGAGGCGUUACUGCUGUUGAUUUUUCUCGCCAGAACCCUAACCUAUUGGCAGUUGGUCUUUAUGAUGGUACUAUUUCUAUUUACAAUGUGAGAAGCUCAGAUAACUCUCCUGUCCUUGACAGCAGUAAAGUUGAAGGAAAGCAUUCUAGUCCCAUCUGGCAACUGAAAUGGAUAGACAAAGAACGUGUAGCUGGUGAGGACAAGACUGAAGUUCUUGUCUCUAUUGCUACAGAUGGGCGUGUUGUCCAGUGGUCCAUCCGCAAAGGCUGUGAAUGCUUUGAUCUGAUGCAUCUAAAGAGGACAUCUAAAAAAGGACGUAAAGGUGUGGAUGGAUCACUAGGUCGCAGUGGAAAGCAGAGUGAGGCACUAAUUGCAAGACAUGCGUGUGGACAAACAUUUGACUUUCUUCCUAGUGAUACAAACAUCUAUCUGGCUGGCACUGAAGAAGGUCACAUACACAAGUGCUCCUGCUCAUACAAUGAGCAGUACUUGGAGUCAUAUUUUGGUCAUACUGGUCCAGUUUAUCGCAUUGCUUGGUCACCGUUCUUACAUGGUUGCUUUGUCAGCUGCAGUGCUGACUGGAGUGUGAGACUAUGGCAUGAAACUCAAACCAAACCAGUCUGUACAUUUCAGUCAUCUAAUAAAGCUACAUAUGAUAUUGGGUGGUCUCCUACAUUACCUGGUGUGCUUGCAUCUGUUAGUGAUGGACGUGUCGACGUGUGGAACUUUGCUGAGAAUUCACUUGAUCCAGUCAUAGUUCAUGAACCUGCAUCGACAUGUACUCAGAGCUGUCUUCUAUUCUCACUCAACUCUAAUGCUCUUCUGGUUGGUGAUUCUCAAGGCCAAGUGACAGUCUAUGAACUACACAAUGUGACCAGCCUAACAGAGGAUGAACAGCUCCAAGCACUGAAGAAACUCGUCAACCCCAACAAUAACUCUUGCUAAGAAGAUCUAGGCAUAGUCCGGUCUGUGUACAUUCUGUAUGUUUUAUGAUGUUUCUGGGUACGUUACGUAUAUACUACGAUUAAGAAGUCAGAAUAGUAAAUAUUUACUCGACGUGGAUCAUGGUAGUCGAGGUAUUUCUUUGCUUGGAUUGUCAUGCAGGAUUUCCUGUGUUGCGUCCUCGCACCCCAGUCUAGAAAGAG